AUGUCUGUUGAAUAUAUAAAUAGAUUUCUUAGAAGUUGCUAUGCAAGAGUUGACAUUUAUCAAUCCAAUAACAAUUUUAAUCCAAAUGCCCCUUACACUCAUUAUAAUGUCGAACAAUCUCCUUUACCUAGUGAAGGUCCUGUAUAUAAUGAAAUAAUAGUACCUGCACAAAAUGCUCAAUUUAAUGCACAAUCAAAUUCUGAGAUUUAUUCCGCCCCACAAAAUUUACAUCGUGUUCCUACUACUUUAAAUUCCAUUCGUCAUAUUUCUAAAAAUGAUGGCGAAUUUGAGAGUAAACUUAUUGGAUCUCCCAAUAAUAGUAUGGCUGAACAAAUGAAUAGCGCUGUAAAGUUUGAUAAACAGUACUUACUUCUUGGAAAUGAUAAUGGUCUAUGGGCAAUGGAUUUCUCAAUUCAUUGGGAUUUAAUAAAACCAUUCCAAUUAAUCCGUGGUUGUUCAUUUAAGAAAUUACACGUUAUUGAAGAGUGUAAUAUGUUAAUUGCAAUUGCUGGAAAGAAAGAUAUGAUAAGAAUAUACAAAUUAGAUUCUUUAUUACAUUUAAUCAAAUUUGUAAGCAAUUCUGAUUCAAAAGCUCCUGUUGAUCUUCUUUCUAAAGCUCCCAAAAGAAUUUUGGCUCCUAGAUGUGAAAAUUGUGCUCGUGUAAUAGAUGAAAAUAGUAAUAGUCCUAAUUGUCAAUAUUGUGGUUUUGCUCCUAGUAUUAAUUCAAAAUUAUCAAUGUCCAAUUUUUCUGUGCCACUUACUCCUUCUCCCAGCAAAUUAAAUAGAAGAUUAACUAAUUUUACUUCUAAUUUAUCUUUUUAUGUUCGAAAUUAUCUUUCAAACUCUCCUGGUGUAAGUGCCAAAGAAAGAGCUAAUAUGUGGACUUGGGCUACAGAUUUUAUAUCUUUACCUGAAUCUGUAAAAGAUUGUAUAACUUUUGAUAUAUGUGAAACUAGAGAAAGUAUUUUCUUAGCUGCCGUCACUUUAAAUAAUGGAAUUAUUCUAUUUUCUAUGCCUACAGAAAUGAAAGGCAAUCCAGAAUGUAGAUUCGACUUUUUAAAAUCUUAUUAUCUUCCAGGAACUCCAAAUUUUGUUACCGUAAUUACUGAUCAAUCUUCAAUUAAACAAAUAAUUGCAAUUACUGGUGUUAAUGGUCGUAAAGUUGCAAUUAUCGAUUGUUACACUACUGAAGUCACUGAGAUUAAUAUGAAAAAAAGUAUUACUCCAAAGAAUAUUGAAUUCCCGUCAUGGACAAGCUUCAUACAAAUUCCAAUUUCUUAUUCUUUAGAUUUUCUAAAUAAUAAUCCUGUAAUGGAUGAUCGUCCAGCUAUUAUACCUUUAUCUCCUCCAUAUUAUCAAUCUCAUUUUCCCUCUUCUUAUUCACAUGGUUAUACAUUAGAAAAGGGAAUGGAUGGUGUUUCACGUCGUUCCACCUACAAAGUUACCAAACUUUCAAUUGAUGCGGAUAAGUCACGUCGUCACUCUAGUGAAUUUCCUUCCACUACCACUUCUGAUGCUUUUUUAUCCCCUCCAAUGUCGCCUGUUAAUGCUACCUUUGAAACUUUAUCACCCGGUCAAGUCUUUAUUUGUACUAUUUCAAAUAUGUCUCAUCUCGUCAACAUACAUGCUGAACCUUACAAACAUAAUCGUCCUAUAAUCUGGUCAUCAGAUCCAAUCCAAAUUACUCUUUUACCAGCUUUUGACGAUAUACUAGUCAUGGCAUUUGAAAAGCAAUCGGUUGAAAUUGCUUCAUUAAAGACUGGUAAAAUUAUUGGACGAGUUACAGAUGGUUCACAAAUUAAAUAUUUAGGUGAAUCUUUGAAAAAGCCAACACAAGCAAAAGGAAGUUUAUCACAACUUAAGUAUGAUGAAAGCCCUUCUGAUGAUUUUAUAAGAAAACAU